AUGGCACCCCCUUCUGCUGACGCCUACCCAAUCCCGCAGAGUGAUGGAACUCCUAGCAAAUCCAUUUCUGCAAGUAGGCUUCCUGGCCCUCUGAAGUACUCCGGGACCCUUGAUGAGUACGAGUCGUUUGAUUUGACUUCCGCCAUUGGCCGGGAGUUCUCCUCGAAACUGCAGCUGAGCGAGAUCUUGCACGACGAUGCUAAAAUCAGGGAUCUGGGUGUUACUGUCUCUCAGCGAGGGGUGGUAUUCCUGCGCAAUCAGGAUCUGAACAUCACGGACCAAAAGACGCUGGCUAUCAAGAUUGGACAACUGACGGGUAGACCAGACGCAUCUUACCUUCACAAACACCCUCUUUCGAACGGCAAACGGGGCCUGGCAGUUGAUAAGGACGGCAAGGUAGAUGAUGAAGUUACCAUCAUGUCAUCUGAGCAGAAUAAGAAGAUGUACAAGGGUCGCUGUGGUCCCACCACUAAGAGGUUAGCAAGUGAGGGAUGGCACUCCGAUAUCACCUUUGAGCCCGUGCCAUCCGACUACGCCAUCUUGAAAAUUGUCACGCCCCCCGAAGAUGCAGGAGGAGAUACACUCUGGGCGUCUGGAUAUGAGGCCUACGACCGACUUUCCCCGGCAUGGAAGAAAUUCGCCGAAGGCUUGACAGCCACUCACUACCAGCCUGCGUUCAAUGAUGCAGCGAGGGACCAGAACAUGGAGCUUAUUACGGAGAAUCGUGGUAAUCCGGAGAAUAGUGGCGUUGAAUUCAAGGUUUCCCACCCUGUUGUGCGCACCAACCCUGUUACUGGGUGGAAGAGUCUUUUCGCUGCUGGGUUCCAGAUCCGUGCGGGUUGGAUUGACGAUGUCACAGAAUAUGAAAGCGAGAUGUUAAAAUCCUACUUCUUGAAAUUGAUUUCCGAGAAUCACGAUCUCCAGGUGCGCUUUCGCUGGAGCGAGAACGAUAUCGCCAUAUGGGACAACCGCUCGGUAUUCCAUACUGCAACAUAUGACUACCAGGGUUCUCGAGUUGGGAACAGAGUCGUCUCACUCGGAGAGAGACCAUUCUACGACCCGAACUCAAUUUCUCGGAGGGAGGCACUGGGAUUAGAAGCGUAG